CAAUGAUUACGUUCGACGCGCUGAUCUAACUUUACCUCACGUAACUUAACCUUAACCUCAAAACACGUUACUUGGAGGUUAAAUAGAACGGAGGAACUUUGAAAAAAUAAAAUUGAUUUAUUUCGACAGUUGACACGAUGAAUUCUUUAACAAGAAUUUCCCGUAGGAAACUAUGCCAAGAGUUAAUAAUACGAUUACAAUCGACAGCGGCAACGUCAUCUUCGUCUUCAGAUAUUCAUGUGCCAAACAGAAUAGAACGUGGACCAAUGGAUAUCUUGAAGGCUCUUGAGAGCACGAUAUCCAGGGACUAUACAGCACCACAUUAUAAAUAUCACGACGACCCGUACCUGACACCGCUGUCAAAAUUGCAGAACCGUUCAUUCGCAUUAGCACGUGAGUCUGGGAGGAAAGCUGCCAUGUGGGUUCGACAAGAACAUUCUGAUUUGUUUCAACACAAAGUGGCGGAUCCUGAGAUCAAGGCAUUCAUACCACCUCCAGUUUACACGGAAAACAGUGCAGUUACGGAGGAGACGUUGUUAUACGAAAUAUCAAAUGGCAACGUUCCCGACUCGGUCACGAUAUAUGAUUUGUUGAAGGGCGAUGUGACGGUACCCACGAAGCAGGCCUUCUUGGAAUUAUUGUGCUUCUACAACAACAGUGAGCCCACCAGCACCGAUUUCCUCGAGACCCGCUGGUAUCAAUACACUAACAAACGUAACAAGAAUACUUGGAUAAGCCGACCACAAAUCGACGUGCUGUUCGACUUUCUGAUACAGCAGGAGCCCGCAGUGGCGGCUGCCGCGUACGACACGCUGAUAUGCGGCUUAGCUAAGUAUUUCAAUAUGGACAAGACAUGGCACUUGUACACGGAAUGCCAGGGGAAGAAAAUACCAUUGUCCGUCAGGGGGUACAACAGUGUGAUAUCGUUGGCGGCGAUGAUGAGCGAAGGAGACGAAAAAGCGAGGGCCUUGAUAGUUGACAUAUACCGGUCGAUGGCCGCGAACGGGAUCAAGCCGAAUAUUCACACGUUCAACGCUGCUCUUCAUACGGCGAGCGUUUUGAAGUCGAACCGGGCGGCCAUCGAUUUCACGCGCAACAUACUCGCCGACAUCAGGCGGUUCCAACUGAACCCGUCGUUAACCACGUAUUUCUAUGUGCUGCGUGUCAUAUGUAGAUUCGGUGACUCGGCGUACCGCUGCUUCAUGGAGAUCCUGAGGUCUCUGAAGGAGGACACGCCUGUCAUCCAGAGUGCGACGGACAUGAAUUUCUUCGUGACCGCGAUGGAUAUGUCCCAGCAAUUCUGCAAUCGCGAGGCGGGCGAGGCGGUGAACAAGCUGCUGCUUACCGGCGACAACUACAAGUUCAUCGGCGACAAUUUCAGAGAAAACGCUUAUUACCGGGCGUACUUGGAGCUGAUUCUGAUGACGGAGGACUUCGACGUGUUCUUCAAGCUCUACAACAAGCUCGUGCCGCACGUGGCGAUACCGGAACCCUCCGUGAUGCAGGCUAUAUUAGAGACUCUGCAGCUGCUUCCCGCUGAGACCGUCACGCAAUAUAUACCGAAAAUCUGGUCCCACAUGAUCAUGUUCGGUCAUCUGGACAGGGAAGGCUUAUUAGAGCGUAUAUUGCACUUGAUCAGCGUACAUUGCAAACCCACGCCCGAUUCCCCGUUGAACGCGCAGUUCGCGGAGGUCGCGCUCACCGUCUGGGAUCACAUACAGACUCAAAAUACCAAGAGGCUACAACACAUGACGGUGCCGAGCACAGUGAUGGGCGACAUCGCGAUGCUGCUUCUACGUUGCGGCAACACUGACAAAAUGAUGGACGUUAUCCUGACGUUGGUGAAAUCGCCGCAUCUGAUGACCGGCACCAUCUCGACGGAGCGUAUAAACGAAAUGUUCGAGGUUUGCCUGGCUCAAGCGCACACACCGGCGAUCUUAACCAUCAUCGAAUACGUCACUUCUUCCGGUCUGGAAGGAGCCGGGGAAAUGGCGAAGAAGCUUCACCAGACCGUACCUCUUACCCCCUUGCAGGAGAACAUGUUAAUCGGCUUGGUGGGUAACGUCCUCGAACUGCCGCUCUCCGACGAGCAGUCCUCCGAGUGAAGCGAAUCGCAGAGGCACUUAAUAGCGAUUGUAAUAGCGCAGCGACGCGACGAUUCCUGCUGAAAUGCACAACCAGUGCCGUCGUAUAAUUAAUUUUCCCAGCUUGGGGCUCCUGUAAGGAGGAUAAGGACGAUUCCUUCGACGACAGUUCGUUAUCGUUACGUCGUCGUUGCGUAACGAUAACGACACUGUCGUUAGAAGUCAGAGAAUCAGCCUAUUCCCAGAUUAAACUAAUUUCUAAAAGAUCUCUCAAAGACGUCCGAAAGAUAUGUAAAAAAAUAAAACGCCUUUUCGAUGGCUCUUCAAGACA